AUGCCAUUCGGGGAAGCCUUACAACAGAUGCCUCUCUACUCUAAGUUCAUGAAAGAUAUCAUCACUAAGAAGGGGAAAUAUAUAGACAGCGAGAACAUUGUAGUAGGAGGCAACUGUAGCGCGAUCAUUCAAAGGAAGCUACCUAAAAAGUUCAAGGACCCCGGAAGCGUUACCAUCCCAUGCACUAUAGGAAAAGAAGCGGUAGAUAAAGCCCUCAUCGAUCUAGGGGCAAGCAUCAAUUUGAUGCCCUUAUCAAUGUGUCGACGAAUUAGGAAUCUGAAAAUUGAUCCCACUAGAAUGACACUUCAAUUGGCAGACCACUCAAUUACGAGACCAUACGGGGUGGUAGAAGAUGUCCUGGUCAAGGUUCGCCACUUCACUUUUCUGGUGGACUUUGUCAUCAUGGACAUCGAUGAGGACACAAAAAUUCCCCUUAUCUUAGGCAGACCCUUUAUGUUGACUGCCAACUGUAUGGUAGAUAUGGGGAACGGAAGUCUGGAACUGAGUAUUGACAACUAG